GGGGACGGGGAACAACUUUCAGGUAGGCAGGACCACGGUGGAAUUUUUUAUUUUUUUCACUGGGUUUUAAAAAAAUCUCUCAAAUUCUCCGAUUUCGGGGCUGGGACGGGGGACAACCCUAGUAUUGAUCAGGGAUAGGUUAAUUAAUUAAUCUUCUGAUUUAAUCUUCUGAUUUUAAUAAUAAAAAAAUACUUUUAGAGAAUAUUCUCGUUUAAUUUUCAGCAAAAAAUUUUUUUCUUAAUUUUUAGCUUUAUCUAAAUCCUUCAAUUUUUGAAUGUCUUGUGUUGACACAACCAAAAAUAGUUUAAUAAACAAUGGUGGAUACAAUCCCGGCAAUAUUAAUGACGAUGGGAGCAGUUCUUAUCGUCUUUUCAAUGAUGACAGCAAAUCUGAAUUUUAUGGUAGCAAUGAUAAAUCUGCGUCUUCAAAUAUCGGAGUUUUUAGACAAGUACCAAACGUUGAGGAACUGCGAAUGUCACCUUUAAUUCGUUCAAUUUCUUAUUUAAUUUUGGAUUUGGUAAUUAUUUCUGGUCUUUAUAUGGUUGUUGGAAUUGUUGAAAAUUAUUUGGGAUUUGUUGGACUUUUAAUUUGGUAUUGGUUUCUCGGAAUGUAUUUAUCCUCUUUAUUUUGUUUUGGACACGAUUGUGGACACGGAACUUUUUCUUCCUAUACUUGGGUGAAUGAUUUGUUUGGACAUAUUUCUCAUGCUGUUAUUAUGGAUAAAGGACACCCUUGGGUUACAGAAGAGGAGUACGAAUCCAGUAAUUGGAUUAAAAAACAUUUUGCCAAAAUUCCUUUAUCUGGACUUAUUCGUUGGAACCCAAUAUACACAAUUGCUGGACUCCCCGAUGGUUCUCAUUUUUGGCCGUGGUCUAAAUUAUUUGAAAAUAAUGUUGAUAGAAUUAAAUGUGUUGUUAGUGUUGCUGCCUGUUUUCUUUGCUCUUUUGUUAUUCUCUCCUAUAUGAAUUAUAAUUUGUGGAACUUUUUUAAAUAUUAUUAUGUGCCGUUAAUGUUCCAAGUUGUGUGUUUUUGGAUGGUCAUAAUAACCUUUUUGCAACAUCAAGACGAGCAAAUUGAAGUUUAUGAAGAAGGGACUUGGGCAUUUAUGAAAGGGCAGUUACAGACUGUUGAUAGAUCUUUUGGGUUUGGAAUAGACAAAGCAUUGCAUCAUAUAACCGAUGCUCAUCAUUUCUUUUUUACUCGUAUUCCUCAUUAUAAUUUACCUAAAGCUACGGAAGCUGUUAAAAAAGUUUUGCAAAAAUACCCUGGCGCAUAUAAGCAUAAAAGUGCAUAUGACUUUUUAAUUAAAUUUUUAUGGUUAAAUAUUAAAUUGGAUUGCCUUGUUGGUAAAGGUAGUGGUUUACUUAAAUAUCGUUCUACUGUUCAGAAUGAUGAGCAACUUAAUAAUAAAAAGGAUAAAUAG